CGCACUGACUCGCGGGCGGAGCAGGAAGGAAACCGCUCCCAAGCGCGGCGGCAGCGUCGUUCCUAGCGUGCAGUUGCUGCUCCUACCAUCUCGGUUGGUUUGCGUGUCCCCUUCUUGCAGCAUGAGUGGUCUGCGCGUCUACAGCACGUCGGUCACCGGCUCUCGUGAAAUCAAGUCCCAGCAGAGUGAAGUGACCCGCAUCCUAGAUGGGAAGCGAAUCCAGUACCAGCUAGUGGACAUCUCCCAGGACAACGCCCUUCGAGAUGAGAUGCGAAACUUGGCAGGCAACCCCAAGGCCACCCCACCACAGAUUGUCAACGGGGAUCAGUACUGUGGGGACUAUGAACUCUUCGUGGAGGCUGUGGAACAGAACACGCUUCAAGAGUUCCUGAAGCUGGCCUGAGUAGGGAUGGCCAGUCUACCCAACUCCUCACCAAGCCUUGAAGGACCUUGUGACCAACUCUCUCAUUCCAAUUCUGACCUUGGAGUCCCUCCCUGCAAACCCAAGCCCUUUCUGUACCCUCCUUCCUUCAGAGGUAACAUUCCUUACUCACCA